CACCUACAAAUGUCCAUAACAGUCACACGGAUCCAUUUGAUAACUUUGCGUUUGAGAGGAGCGAAACAAGUCAACAACUCUUGGGCCCAGAAACAAGAAGAAUAAUGGUUAAAUGGUUGGAUCCACUCUUUGAAGGCAGCCAGAGUGCAGCGACACCAUUGAAUCAAACAUCUCACAAUGAUGCACCUUGUGCUUUUGUUUACACCGUAGUCCCUGUCCAAGUUCUUUACUUUUUGAUGUUCCCUGUUGCUUUGUUGCUGAACGGUGUUGCUGCCUGGGUGUCCCUGUACCUUAAAUCCACGUCCACCUUUGUGGUGUAUCUAAAAAAUCUGGUAGUUGCUGACCUGAUCAUGACCUUGCUCAUCCCAGUCAAAGCUGCAAGUGACUUGCUGGAUGCUUCAAACCAAUUAUACGUACUUUCAUGUCGUUACUUCAGUGUCUUUUUCUACAGCACACUGUACACAUGCAUCUCUUUGUUGGGCAUCAUCGGUGUCGACCGUUUCUUCAAGAUCGUGAUGCCCCGCAGCAAGUUAGGUCAGAAUCUAACCUUAGGCAAACUGAUAUCAGGUGCAGUGUGGGUAAUUCAGUUUGGAGGUACAGCUUUACCAAAUAUCAUUUUAAGUCACAAAUCAAUGACAAAUAUGACAAAGAUCGACAGUUGCAUGCAGCUGAAAGCACCAGCAGGACUUGAAUUCCAUGAAAACGCAGUGAUUUUUGUCAAUGUUUUCUUCUGGUUUGUCACUGUGGUCAUUGUAGUCUGCUACAUUUGCAUCGCAAACAAAGUUAUCCAGUCUUUUAGAAACUCUGGCAGCAACAACAACCAGGGAAAGCAGAAAAUCAAACUACGUGUUUUUCUGGUUGUCAUUGUGUUUUUUGUGUCCUUUGGGCCAUACCACAUUGUCAGGAUCCCAUACACUUUUCUACAAGUUAACUUUUCCUCACAUACCAACUGCUCUUAUGUAAUAAGCAAAUUUGCCAAGGACCUCAGCCUCUGGCUUGCUACCACAAACAUCUGCAUGAACCCACUUCUCUACGUCUUUCUGUGUCGAGAGUUCAAGGAGAAACUGCUUUCCAUGACGGAAAACUUUUCAGUCUCAUUUAAAUCAGCUUUAGCAGGCAAUACAGAAAGCACUGCACCACAGCGCAGAUUCUGAUAGAAGUCAUUAGAAUGUUAUGCCACAGUGUGAGCUCAGAUGUUACUGCAGAUUUUGUAAACUGCAUGUCACAUGAACAUUUCACUUUUUAAUGCAUUUACUUUUCAAACAGAUACUGAAAUUGUUCUGUGUGUCUUGUCAAAGUGUGGCUUUAAAUAGCUCGGAAACCACUAAGAGGAAAUACAGUUAGGAUGUAGGAAAUAAACAGUACGAGGAAAGACUGUUUUUUUCUGCUGUUGUUUUUUUUAUGUCAAAGUAGCUCUGAAAGCUCAAAAUCAUAGGUGAAAUGAAGACUUCCAUGCUUCGUUAUACAUGCAUUUCACAAUGAAGUCUUUUAUGUUUGUGGUCACUGUAAAAAUAGGUCAUGUCUUUAUGAAGCUCUGCAGAUGUGAUGUGCGUCUGUGUGCCAGUUUCAUCAGUUUGCAGCAUGCUUACCACUGCUUGCCAUGGAGGGUUUACUGCAAACAAUAAAGGAUGCAUGCAACAAGACCAGACUACUUGUACUGCACAUAUAUCUUCCGUCUAUCAAGACUCCGACGAACUGUAAAUAAUAAUAAAAAAGAGCCACUAUUCUGCAGUGUUACACAAAAACAACUUUUAGUCAACACAUUUUCUGUAAACACUGCUUGUAUAGUCCAGCUGAGCUAACUGUGCAUUUCAUGAUUUGUUUUUGUCAACUUGAUCACUGGUUAAUGUGGUCGUGAUGUAUUUCAAAUUAAAAAUGAGGUUGUGGUUA